AGGGAGGAAGCGCUGAAGCAGCGUAAACAGUUAUCUCAAGAACUGCUCAACCUUCGAGGAGAGCUAGUUACCACCUCUGCGGCCUGUGAGAAACUGGAGAGGGACAGGAAUGAACUGCAAGCUGCUUAUGAAGGGUUUUUGCAGAAGUUGAACCAGCAACAUCAGAGCGACUUGGCUGAGCAGGAGGAGCGGCUGAAGCAGUUCUACACUGCCGAAUGUGAGAAACUCCAAAGCAUCUGCAUUGAAGAAGCUGAGAAGUACAAAGCGCAGCUCCAGGAGCAGGUGGACAACUUGACUAUCACACAUGAAAACUACAAGUUGGAACUUGAAAACAGCCACUCAGAAAAAGUGGAAGAGCUGAAGAAGGAGCAUGAAUCCUCUUUUUCAGAGCUCAAGAGUGCCCAUGAGUCUGAAAGGAAGCUGCUUGAAGAUUCCUUUAAAGAGAAGCAGGGAUUGCUAGAGAAAAAAAUCAUGGAGCUGAGAUGUGAAAACGACUCUCUGAGCGAGAAGUUGAAAUUAGAAGAGCAAAAACAAAUAGCCAAAGAAAAAGCCAAUCUGAAAAACCCGCAGAUCAUGUAUCUGGAACAGGAGCUGGAAAGUUUGAAAGCGGUGCUGGAGAUCAAGAAUGAGAAACUCCAUCAUCAGGAUAUAAAGCUCAUGAAGAUGGAAAAACUGCUGGAGAACAACACGAUCUUAAUGGAUAAGCUAAAGAAGGUUCAGCAAGAAAAUGAAGAAUUAAAAGCUCGGAUGGACAAACACAUGGAGCUUUCAAGGCAACUUUCUACGGAGCAAGCCGUGUUACAGGAGUCGCUAGAGAAGGAGUCCAAAGUGAACAAGCGCCUGUCCAUGGAAAAUGAAGAACUCCUGUGGAAGUUGCACAACGGCGACCUAUGCAGCCCAAGGAAACUGUCCCCCAGUUCUCCAUCCGUGCCUCUGCAGUCCCCACGGAAUUCUGGUAACUUCUCUAGUACCUCGGUGUCACCGAAAUGACAUCUCGUGAGAGAAAGCGGGGAUUGCGUUUCGUGUGUCACCUGCCGACCCAAUCCCUGCUUGGACAGCAAGAGCUGUGUUAGCUGACCGACAGCUCGGCGGAACUGGAAGCGAGUUGGCGCAGACGUGGCGAGCGGAGACUGAGAACGUGGGAGUGAGACGUCCCGUCGCUCCUCCC